AGAGAUUACCAACACCACCAACGAUGACUGAUGAGAUAUAAUGAGUAUCAAAUGUUUCGAUAAGAUGAUUGUAGUAUGCUUGAUCUUUUGAUGUCGCCGGCUCAUCAACAAGUUUGUCGAGAGCUUAUGUGAACAAUGGAUCAAAUCUAUUACACAGAUUAGAACGUAAUAAACAAAAAUUUACACUCUUUUUUCAAUCACUUUCGAAAAGCUUACUUUAAUAAAUAUAAUGGACCCAGAUGAACAUUGUAAAUUCCCCACCAAUAAGAUUAUAUUCCAACUGAUCUUUCUUUCUUGGUGAUCUUCGCAUAGGCUUGUGAUAAAGUGCAAUGAUAUCCGAAUGAAACGUCUAUUGUAGCUGCAUCUGAUGGUAUAGGAAUACUAAUAUUGAAGGAAUAGGAUUGAAAGUAAUUAUAAAUUAAAUGUUUAGAAUAGUAAGAUUUGGAAAAGAAAGAAUGUCUCACUAUUGUCGAAAUUCUUGAUACGUUUUACUAAUUGUUUCAGCAGCAACUUUUGUUUUCAUGUUAAUUGUUGUGACUUGUACAUAACAAGAUGUUGUGUAAUUAUGUUUUACGCCAUCAAAAUCAAACAUAUAUGUUUUACCGCGAUCAUCAACCAAGUUAAAAAGAUGGAAUUUGAGAUUGUCGGAGGCUGAAGGUGCUUCAUUCAGAUUAAUCAUUUUCAGUGCAUCAAAGCCCGUGGCUAGAUAAUCCAAACCUGGAAGAUUUUUAGUUAGCAUAGGCCCAAUAGUCGUCAGCAAAAAUAGCAGAAAGAAGUAAGAGUUCAUUAUUUUAUUCUAGAAAAAGGAAGUGAAACAAAUAGCUUCUAUAUCAUCACAUUUAGUUUCAUUCUGACUAUGUAUAUUGAAUGAAAUCCUUUGACUAUUAGAUUUAUUAUGAAUCAAUAAUAUUUGAUUUCAUAACCAUCUGUUUCAUCACUUCCUAUUUAUAUAAUACAUAGUCACAAAUAUGACUUCCGCUCUUUCUUUCUAAAUAUAGAAAUAUAAACCAAAGAUUUCUUUUUGUUCUGCAAAAAUUUUUUUUUUUUAAAUUUAUCCAGCAUGCCUUCUGGGAAAUGGUGUGAGUGUGGACGUUAUUCGUUUGUUCGGAUGCAUUCAUAUCCACAAUUUUUGAUUCAUAACAAAGUUGUAAUAGAGCCUUAUUAAAUUGUACCACAUGAUGAGAAAUGUUUAUAAAAACUAGAACGUAACCUAAAAUUAUGAGUGUUCGACAAAUGUAUUCGACAAGCAAAAAGAACAUACAAUCACGAAAAAUCUUAAUAAGGGUGUUGGUGUGUGUGUGUCAUUAAAGAGAAGAGUAACACCCACACCCAUAAUUUACUCAAAUUUUACUAUAUUAAACAAAUUUAUAAUGAAUGUAUUCGAUAUAUAAGUGAACAUCUCUUUGAAGAAUAUCAAAAUAGUACUACAAAAUUAAAUCAUUAUUUAAUUAAUCAAACAAUGUUAAGUAUUGAUGAUCUUGAACAAUAUCGAACUUAUGUUGAUCAUGCUAAACUUACAGAUAUAUUAAAAAAUAAUUAUUGA